UGUAGUUAUUCCAGUUGCUAGGAGACGGAAAACCGGAAAAGGAAAUGCCAUUCGCAACUUCCGGCAGAGGCCGCCAUGGCAGCUAGCGAGGAGGUGCUCGCUCUGAAGGCUGAAGUUGCCCUCCGUGAGAAGGAGCUGAGUUCCUUGAAGCAGAAGUUGGCGGCGGCUCUUUUGGCGGAGCAGGAAUCUGUGCCGGUGUCGCCGCUUCCGCCAAAGGCCGCUCUGUCCCGAGAGGAGAUUCUGCGCUACAGCCGGCAGCUCGUGCUGCCCGAGUUGGGAGUGCGCGGACAGCUGCGCCUGGCGACCGCGUCGGUGCUGGUCGUGGGCUGUGGUGGGCUCGGCUGCCCACUGGCGCAGUACCUGGCAGCGGCCGGCGUGGGCCGCAUCGGCCUGGUGGACUACGACGUCGUCGAGAUGAGCAACCUGGCCCGCCAGGUGCUGCAUGGUGAGGCGCUGGCUGGCCAGGCCAAGGCUUUUUCCGCAGCCGCCUCGCUGCGCCGUCUGAACUCUGCGGUGGAGUGCGUGCCCUAUGCUCAGGCCCUCACGCCAGCCACAGCCUUAGAUCUGGUCCGCCGGUACGACGUGGUGGCCGACUGUUCGGACAAUGUGCCUACUCGCUACCUAGUUAACGACGCCUGUGUGUUGGCGGGCCGGCCCCUCGUGUCGGCCAGCGCCCUGCGCUUCGAGGGCCAGCUUACAGUCUACCACUAUGACGGCGGGCCUUGCUAUCGCUGUGUCUUUCCCCAGCCACCCCCAGUGGAGACGGUGACCAACUGCGCAGAUGGUGGGGUGCUCGGGGUGGUAACCGGGGUGCUGGGCUGCCUGCAAGCGCUGGAAGUGCUGAAGAUCGCCGCCCGCCUGGGCCCGUCGUACAGUGGCAGCCUGUUGCUCUUCGAUGCCCUCGGAGGGUAUUUCCGCUCCAUUCAGCUGCGGAAGCGCAGGCCCGACUGUGCAGCUUGUGGGGAGCAGCCCACUGUCACCGACCUGCAGGACUACGAAGCCUUCUGUGGCUCCUCAGCCACCGAUAAGUGUCGCUCCCUGCAGUUGCUGAGCCCAAAGGAACGCGUUUCUGUCACUGACUAUCAGCGACUUCUGGAUUCUGGGACGCCCCAUCUGCUGCUGGAUGUAAGGCCUCAAGUGGAGGUGGACAUCUGUCACUUGCCUCAUGCCCUGCACAUCCCCCUCAAGCAUUUAGAACGGAGGGAUGCCAAGGGCCUGAAGCUCCUCGGGGAAGCCAUCCGAGAAAGGAAGCCAGGCACGCAGGAAGGGGCAGCUCUCCCCGUCUAUGUGAUUUGCAAGCUGGGAAACGACUCCCAGAAAGCUGUGAAGAUCCUGCAGGCCCUAACGGAGGCCCACGAGCUAGACGCGCUAACCGUGCAGGAUGUUGUUGGGGGGCUCAUGGCGUGGGCUGCCAAGAUCGAUGAGACAUUUCCACAGUACUGAGAUGGCAGGCUUUGGCAGACUUGGGAUACUAUGAAUUGCCAUGAUACCUCAAAGAUGUAUUUAUUUGCAUUCUUCUAUCGUGUGUGGAGGAGGCUGGGAUUCUACAAUUUUUGUAAAUACUCUGGGUCCUGUUUUUAUGAAGGGCUUUUUAAUGGGGCUCAUUUGGCUGACUUUUUCCUCUACAGGAGUUAAGAGUACUGUUUCUGAGAUACCCCACCCCCAUCCCCUACUGUUUGCAUCAUUUGGAGGGUGUCAUGAGUCGUUGCUUGUAAUAUAAGGGACAGGAUUUUGUACUUGAACCAGCAGAUCAUUCACUUAUUCACCUACUGUUGUUUACCCCAAGGGCUCUCUAAGUGGUCCAUUGUAGGGCUGGAACUGGAGUGUACAGGCUGACACUUAGCAAACCAAGCACUGGUUGGUUGUUGUUUAGUAAGCUAUUUGGGUGUGGUUUCUUCUAGAAUUUUUGAAACAAACACUUUAAUAUAUAAAAUUUUUUAAUUAUUUGAGAAGCAUCAUACAGUUAACCAUUUUGAAUAGUCCAAGACCUAACCUCUCAUGCUCAGUUUUUAAUAAUAUGAGCAAAAUUAAAAGUAGACAUUUAAUACACGAGUCUGUAUCAGUAGCAAUUUGAAAAUCUUAUGCCCUGCCAAAAGGGGGUUUCUAGUCUCUGACUGAUUGUUGCCAACACCCGUUGCCAUCAGGUUAUCUGUUUUGUUUUUUCCUGCAAGAGAAGGCAGGAAUUAGAUGUAAAUGUGAAAUCUUUGCAGGCUAGAUAUAUCUUGCUGGUGACAAAUUUGCAACUUCUGGAAUGGCCUCUCAUAAAAAGAUUUUGUUCAAGGAGCAACUUCAAGAUUAGAAUAGUCAUCACCUUUUUACUGGGAAACAACAGCGUGCACAAAUAUGCUGCUGUAGGAAAAGGGGAACAGGGUCUGACUGCUUCUCUUCAAAUACAUGACUGGAUCUUGGAGGGGAGAGCACGGUUGGCUGGCCCACGUUGGGCUGCCCCUUAGGUUUUACGGACAUGGCUGCUUCUGCCUUCCCAUCUCGACCUGCAAUGGAUGCUUUCCCAGGAAGCCCACCACUCAUGACUGUCCUUUGAGGGAGAAAGGAGGACCAGGGAAACCCUGAUUUCCUGUCUUCUGAAUCGGAGUCGGCUACAGUGUGUCUGACAGAGUCUGAUGGUGCCUGCACCCUUGCUGUAAGGGAGUCUGGGGACUUUACAGGAGGCGGGCAGGGCUCGGAUGUGACAUUCUCAUAAACAGCUCAAGAAUAUGACCUACCGGUUCCACCACCCAACCCCUUUGUUGUUUGAAAUUUCACUUUCCCAGGGGACUUGGGUUAGAAUGUGGUAUGGACAGUGGUACCAAAGCUUUCAAUGUUUUAAGAAAACAUUUGGCUUUUUUUCUUCUUUCCCAAAUCGGUUGUGUUAAAAAAUGAAUUCAAACAUUCUGAGGUCUCCCAAAUGAAACACACAAUAGGGUGAUUGACGCCUUUUGGCUUAAGUGGAGAGGAUGUGUGAAUCUGAUAUAUAAGCCCCGUCCCUCCACCCAAUUCAAUAAAAACUGCAUUAAGAGAAGAAAAGAUCGAUGUGCUGGGUCUUUUAAAAGUAGUGGACAUAAGUGUUGGGGAAGCCCAAAGCAGCUUUGAAAAUUUGCGGUUGUGUUUUUCAUUUGUACUGUAUUUAUGAGCUAAUCGCCUCAGUUAAAAUAUAAAGAAAAGUGUCUGUUUUUCCCCCAUUUUAAUGUCAUCUAAAUUGAUAGACUAAUAUUUUUACAAAACUGAAGGUGCUACAUGUACUUUCAAGCCUUUGUCAGAUUUGAUGAAUGGGCUGUACAGAAUUUUGAAUGGAAUUUCUUACGUAGCUGCAUGAUAAAUAAUCAGGGUGUAACUCAAAAAACCAA